AUGGACCAGUCACAGCGCCCAAAACGGACGUCAAAUGCCUGUCAGCGAUGCCGCAGCCGCAAGGUGAAAUGCACCGGGAACUACCCCUGCGAUAAGUGCAAACAGCGUAACCAAGAAUGCGUUUUUGAAGAAGAUAGAAAGAUAGUGGUUUCUGAGGAGCUAUUCUUAUCUCUAAAGCGCAAGGUGGAUGAGCUCGAGGAUCGAUCAUCGGAGGUCCCAAGGGCCACAACUCCCGAGGCCCCAGAAACGAGUCGCGUGGACGAGCGAUUUGCGUUGAACCCUCUGGUAUCCCCGUCUACAUAUCUCAAGAACGAUGGUCGGAGACGCACUUGGUUAUUCCUCGGCCCAACAUCAACAUGGUCAUACAGCCGCCGCGUGUUGAACAUCAUCCAGUCCCGCCUGAACCCGAGCAAUACGAAACCAAUUCCCCUGGCCGUCGACGGCGACGCAUAUCAGCUCCACUGGCGCCAGGCAAGCUCCGAGGAGCUACCCGAUAUCAGCGGACUGCCCUCCCUGGAACAUGCGCUGUACAUGCUGAACACUGUCCAGUUCCACUUUGGCCAUCUGUACCGGCUGUUCGACGAAGACGAGUUCCUGCGCAAUCUUCACGAGUUCUACGACAAUGCUGCGGCCAAGGUGCAGUCAAAUCGCCUGUGGUAUGUGCAGUUCCUGAUGAUCCUGGCUUUUGGCGAGGCAUUCCUCGCGCCGGUGCGCAAAGCAGCCAAUACGUCUAGCUGGACGAAGUACUUUUCGCGCGCCAUGUCCCUGCUGCCGGAUGUGACGGGGUUGUGGCAGGAGCCGAUUCUGUCGAUUGAGGUGCUUGCGCUUAUUGGGCUUUAUUUUCACUCGGUGGAUAUGCGGGAUACGGCAUAUGUUUAUAUUGGUCAUGCGAUGCGCAUGGCUAUUGUGGAAGGGUUUCAUCGCGCGCUUCCGGUCGAGCAGCUUGGGCGGAGGUUGGUAGACAGGUGCAGUAAUAUAUGGUGGACAGUCUACAUCCUGGAUCGGAAGUUUGCGUCGCUGAACGGCUCCCCGAACUCGAUCAACGAUGAUGAGAUUACUACCGUCCUGUGGGACCCGCGGACCUCGUCGAAGAAAGAAGCGGCUUUGAGUCUGAAUGUGAGGAUCUCACAGGUCAUUACGCGAGUGCUGAACACUGUCUACAGCGCGGAUGGAACGCUUGGCGGGCUGUUUCUUAGAAAGCUACGAUCUGUCCUACAGGAGAUGACAGAACUAUCGCGAGAGUUGGAGGACGUUUUUGCGCAUCGUUUUUCGAACUCGGUUGAUGCCCCUUCUGGCAUGACUACGCGGCUGACAUUGUCCUGUCAUUUGUGCAUCAUAGUUACCACCAGGCCACUCGUUCUGAGUCUUUUAUGGGAAAGAAUCAGCUGCUUCGAGGAAGGCGACACAUUUCGAACGCUGUCCUCCCCUGUUCGCACCAUUCUCCAGGCCUCCAUCGACUCGUCCAUCAAGUCACUCAGGAUAUUGACUGCGCUGCGGGACCAAAACCUCCUCGAAACAUUCCUCCCAUUUGACCUGGAGAAUCUCUUCUCCUCUUUUUUCAAUCUAUCCUUGAUCUCCGCAACAAUCCCCGACGUCGUGAUGGACCCCAGCUAUCGGGAAAUGGGAUUCGGCCUGCUGGACGACAUGAUUGCCAGAGGAAACUGCGUAGCGCAGCUUCGGAAGUCAGAGAUGGAGCUGUUGGAGGAGCUUGUUCAACCUCUUGUCCACCCACUGGAUAUGCAACCAAGGCAGCGUCUGGCGAGCCCACCGGCCGAAGAUCAUAUUACCGAUCAAGAACCAAGUGCGACAUCACAAUUCGGGGUAGACCUCCACGGUGCGACAGGUGCGCCAGAUGAGGAUCUGGGAUUCGACUGGCGUGACCUGGGACUGUCGCUUAAUCACAUGCUGUCCGUCACGGACCAGUUGAAUACGAACAGUUUGGUUCUGAAUGCUGAGCGCGAGCAGUUGCAGACGGAUCUGUGGUUGUGGUGCGAUGAGCAGGCCUAG